GUAUAAACGACGGCGGCCCAGAAAUCUCCUCUAUAAAUACCCCCGCAGUAGACGGUAAACGCUCUCCUCCUUAAACCCUAAUUUGGUGCGCAACAAAAACCCUAGCCUCUCUGCACCUCGAAUAGACGACGACACACAAUGACCGGAGAGGCAGUGAACCCGAAGGCGUACCCGUUGGCCGAUGCGCAGCUGACGAUCACCAUACUCGAUCUGGUUCAGCAAGCUGCUAACUACAAGCAGCUCAAAAAGGGCGCGAAUGAAGCAACUAAAACCUUGAACAGGGGUAUUUCGGAGUUUAUAGUGAUGGCGGCGGAUACUGAGCCUCUGGAGAUUCUUCUUCACCUUCCCCUGUUGGCUGAGGAUAAGAAUGUGCCCUAUGUGUUUGUCCCUUCGAAGCAAGCACUUGGACGAGCAUGCGGUGUCACAAGACCUGUCAUUGCCGCCUCUGUGACAACAAACGAGGGAAGUCAAUUGAAGUCACAAAUACAACAACUCAAGGAUGCCAUUGAGAAGCUCCUUAUCUAAACCAUUUCGGAGUGCAUACUCGGUGUGAUGGGCCUCUCGGACUGUAGCGAGAGCCUUCAGAGGCUUUGACUGGAGUUGUUGUGUACUAGGAAAUCCUUUAAUGUUGACUUUGUACUAAAGUUUUGUUUUUAAUGAACUGCUAGGCAAGCUUGAAUCUGAAAUAUACUUGGAUGAAUUCAAGAUGAGUGUUGCUGUUAACUACAAGCUUAUGUAACAACUUGCGUUGAGUAAUUGCCUUGUUCUUCGGUUGCUAUUUCAGAGAGAUCAUUAGUAAUGCUUUA